AUGGUGGCGGGCGGCGGGCGCAAGGGCUGCCGGGGCGUGGCGGUGUUUGGGUUGGCGCGGAGCCGCCUCAGCCUCCGGCCGGCCCCGCCUCCGGCCGGCCCCGCCCCGGCUGAGGAGCUGUUGCUCGGUAGGAAGAUUGGGAUAGAACUACUGAAGCAAAGAGUACUGAAAGAGACCUUCCCAAGCUGGAGUGGGCAGGAGAGUUUCUCCAUUGUGAAGGUGAAUUAUACAAUCUCAAGGUUCAGAGUUGAUGCUGUAGAUAUACCAGAAACUUCUGCUUCCUUUAUUCCUGGCACUGGUGUUAGUCUGUCAGUGGCACAUGCUUCUGCUAUAAUCAGUGCAGACUGGAGAGUGAAAACAUGGCUACUCAAAGACCAAGGAGGGUUUACCCUGUCCAUCUCAGAACUAUUCAUUGCAAUUGUCUUCAAAGUAUCACGGGACAGCACAGGCCACUUGUCUGUGUUGCUGCACAGUUGCCAGCUGAGCAUCGGUAGUGUAAAAGUCAAAUUAAAUGAAGGAUCUAGCUGGAUUUAUAGUUUCCUAUCUGGUUAUCUUGAGAAGGCCAUUCAUUCUAAACUGGAGGAAAAUAUAUGCCUAAAUAUCAAAUGCAAAAUACAAAUGAUGGAUGCACAGCUUAGAAAGCAGAAGGUCUUAAGCCAAAUAGAUGCCUUUGCACAAAUAGACUAUUCCCUAGUUAGUUCUCCAGCAGUCUUCAAAUCACACAUUAACUUGGAUUUGAAGGGCACAGUCUAUCCAGUAGGAAAUCACACAGACCCUCCCUUUGUGCCUGCUCCGUUUGGUCUCCCAAACAAAGGUGAUUCCAUGCUCUACUUAGGAGUCUCCAGUUAUUUUCUUGAGUCUGCUACAUUGGCUUACUACAGAGCAGGGGUCUUUAACAUCACCAUCUCCAAAGACCUAGCUACUACUUUUAACCUAACUACAGCCAUGCUGAAAGAUUUUGUUCCUGAGCUUGCUCUGCAUUGCCCGACAGCGUGCCCAGUGCUUCUGAAACUGAUGGCUACAUCACCACCUGUUGUCAGUUUGCAGUCAGACACAUGCAGACUGUGGAUCACUGGGUCUGUAGAGGUGUUUGCUGUUCUGCCAAAUUCAACCAUCCAGUACAUCUUUACAGGGAAUCUAACAACAAGUACCAGAGGCAAUUUGACAGUAAUCAAACAGAAGCUGAUCAUCUCAUUACUUCUGAAGAGGCUCCAGUUCUCCUUGGUGCACUCUGCUGUUAGAUUCUCUCAGGUCUCACUGGUGGAGAAUUUGCUGUCUUACACUUUACGGAGGGUAGUGAUCCCAGUAAUCAGUGAUAAAUUAGGAAACGGAUUUUCUCUUCCUAACUUGGCCCACACCAGCCUGGUUGGACCUGUAAUAAAAAUGAAUCAGGGUCACCUUGUGAUUUUCACUGAUGUUCACUACGAACAUGAACAAGGGGAAGAUGAGGACCUUCACAGACACCCCUAA